UAUUUGUAAUGAUUGUUUGCAUAGUGUGACAUAGUGUGUUGAGCUAAAUUACUACCCAUGAUCACAGUAAUUGAUGGAAUUGUUUGUGGACGUGGAUUUUGUUGACCACCAAAACGUAGAGCGAACAUAGGACACACGAAUGUGUAACCAGAGUUCACAAGGGGUGACAGUACUGGGUAUACUCAUACCAUCAGCAUCUAUUUGGGAUGUGAUGCAUUAGAAUGGAGGCUUUAGUGGUGGAUGGAGGACGCCAGGUAGCACAACGACGAUGGCUGUGCUGGAAGUUGGUACUGCCUAGAAACGAGUUGUGAUCUACACGAAGCUGCAGAAAGCUUCACUCAUAAUCUGAUGUGGCACUGACUAGUCUCCAUUGGUCAUGUGGGCGAAUCUCUUGUGAACGUAAACGGCUGAUUUGUGCAUUCACGUCUCCAUGUGGCACUUGAAUACCUGUCGAACACGUUUAGUUGAUAAUGUCACCUAAGUGAUGGUUGAAGGCAUCCUCAAUCGGAUGUGAACUGCAGUCUGUCGGAGCAAAGGGAGAGUUGACGAAGAGAUAGGGUUUCCUUUGGCAGUUAGUUUUCACUCUAAUCGAACCUUCUAGCGUAAUAGGAGACAUACAACUGUUAGUGGGUAUACAAUGGACUAGUACAGUUUUGGCUCUGACACUGAGUGUGAAAUGGUAGGUAUCAAGGGUGUGUGGUGAUGCCAUAUGGUUAUUGGGUCGGUGGACUGUUAAUGCACUUUCUGAGUUGACAGGUGGGGGAGGUUGUUUGAAUUAUUUCACUGGAAGCAUGUAUGGGAAUAUCUGAGGAACAAGAAAUAUGGGUGUUGAGGAUAUCCAGCAUCCUAGUGAAGCCUGUCUAUUUUCUGUAAUGCAUCGACUUUCGAACAUUGUGAGUUGCCACGGUAAACGGUACGCCUGGUUUCAAAAUCGUUAAGUCACCUUACUGUCGACUGCACCGAAGCGUUUAUUCAGUGCUAGAGUAUUUGGCUUAUAAAGGUCAGGGAAUUACUCUGAAAGAUCCGAAAUUAGUGGAUAUACGCAGGUGUGUAGGUAGGUAUAGAAGAGAUUUAUGGUGCAUUGAAUGAUUUUUUAAAAGUUUUUCUCAGAGUAUCUGUGAUUUGUUUUGCAAACUUCACAUAACUUGUUUGAUUGGCUUAUGUAGACAGACAGAUAGGCUACAGUGUAAAUAUAUACAAAAAGGUUUUUAUGGUCAGUAACUUAAACUCGGAAAGUGAAGCAAUUGUUAUUCUCAUCCUGAUCUGAAAUUUCUUUAGUACUUCAAUAACUUUCUCUUUCUUUUUAUAUAAGGGUGGAUUCAGCUAUGUUUAACCCUGGACGUGUUCAACUGUUCAAUCUACUUAACGGGAUAUUAUGCGUUUAUAAAUCACCUGAAAUGAGUGUUGAAAAAUUAAGUAAAUAUGUAAAGCGCUCUUUAGCUAACGCUUUCAAUUCGCUCCCUUCUGAAAUGUUAGGUAGACGUUUCUUUCCGGGUGAUUUUAUGCUAUAUGCUGUCGAUCCUCUUAGCGAUUUUAUGUCUGGUGUACAAGUUUAUGGUAUCGGCGAAGAUGGUGUUUACAAUCAUGCAACUAAGUAUGAACAAUCCUCGUGGCUUAAAACCUAUCACUUAACGUGUAUGAUGGGACGUGCGUCUACAGAUAGAACAGCUAAUGGUAGAACACUUCUAAGAGCUUCUUGGAGACAUGUUCAGAAGAGUAAAAUAGACAAUGCUCUUGUUGGAUUACAAGCACAAUUCAAUACCUCUACAACAUUACAAGCAGGUCUUCGCCCAAACUCCCAGAAUGCCUACUUAGCACUGUGUAGUCGUAGUGUCGGUAGUGAUCUCGCCCUAUAA